GGGCAAGAAGAACCAAUGAGGUCAACAAUAAAAAGUUCCGUCCGCUCUUCUACCUGUACAGAGCUACAGGAAGUGACGUCAUGCAGCGGGAGGAAAAGAAGAAACCCGGAAGUGAGUGUCUCAAAGAGGCUGCAGGGUCCGUGUGUCUUUAACGCCAUCAUGGCCGACAUCUGGCAAAGCGCUAUGGACCAUGCCGUUACCGUGGCGAGGAAAGCUGGAGAGAUAGUGCGAGGGGCCCUGAAGGAUGAGAGAACCGUGAUGACUAAGAGUUGUGCUGUUGAUCUGGUGACCCAGACAGACCAGAAGGUGGAGCAGCUCAUCAUCCAAUCAGUGAAGGAGAAAUUCCCCACGCACAGGUUUAUAGGGGAGGAGUCUGUCGCUGCAGGUGAGUCCUGUAUCCUGAGUGAUGACCCCACCUGGAUCAUUGACCCCAUUGACGGAACCACUAACUUUGUUCACGCGUUUCCGUUUGUUGCCGUCUCCAUUGGCUUCUCCAUCAACAAGCAGGUGGAAUUUGGCGUUGUCUACAGCUGCCUGGAGGACAAAAUGUUCACCGCACGGCGGGGGAAGGGAGCAUUCUGCAAUGGCGAGCCCCUGCAGGUUUCUGAACAGGCAGACAUCCAUCAGGCCAUCGUUGCCACAGAAUUCGGCUCCAGCAGAGACCCGGCAGCCGUGGAUCACAUCUUCCGAAGCCUCAGGAACAUCCUGUGCCUGCCUGUUCACGGGGUGCGAGGUGCCGGCACCGCCGCCAUAAACAUGUGUCUGGUGGCUUCGGGCUGUGUGGAGGCGUACUACGAGAUUGGGAUUCACGUGUGGGACGUAGCUGCCGGCUCCCUGAUUGUAUCUGAGGCAGGUGGCGUCCUGAUGGAUGUGGAGGGAGGAGACAUGGACCUGAUGUCCAGGAGGAUCGUGGCCGCCAACAACAGGACGAUCGCAGAGCGGAUCGUCAAAGAGAUCGUGUCCUUCACCCUGCAGCGAGACGACGCGCCGCUUCAGAGCUGAUUUUCUUCAUGCAUGUUGACCUAUUAAAUUUUCUUUCAUCUGA